AAAUAACAAAAGUAAAACUAUCUUAAGUAUUCCUUUAUUAUACACUUAAUAAUGUUACCGCAAACAACUAAUAAUCGUUUAAGGUCAAAUGGCAAGUACUUAGGCGUUUGUCUGCACAGUAAGUCAGCUCCUAAUAAUCAUAAAGGAAUUAUUGAGGAGUUUUGAAAUAAGAUAAUGAUAAAACACAUUCUGUGUUACUCGUGGAAGUGUCAAAGCUGUGUAGCUAGUUCCCCAAGGAUGCCAUCCGUUUCUUUAUGAGCCAUCCAUUGCUUGCUUUAUCUUAUCCACUACAAUUCACAAGCCAAAAUAUUGCAGGGAAAUAAACAACAACUCCAUUGGACCAACAACUAUCCGACUCCAAUAUCUGGCCGUUUGAUGCAAAAAUUACCACCAACUUACAGUUUGUCCUAGAAAGACUCUAGCCAGAUGCAGAAACCUUGUAUCUGAUGAAAGGGUAUCCAGGCGUUCACAGAAAGUUAAGGUUUCUACUGAAACUAGAUCAGCCCACUGGCACUCAAAUGAUUCUGCAGAACCCAAUUUUGGGAAAUUGCUUAACUUGUCUUGCAAAGCUGGAAAAUACAGUGAAGCUCUGUAUUUUCUUGAGUGCAUGGUGAAUAAGGGUCUCAAACCAGAUGUUAUUCUCUGUACAAAGCUCAUUAAAGGAUUUUUUAGUGUGAAAAAUGUCGAAAAAGCGGUUAGGGUCAUGGAGAUUUUGGAGAAAUAUGGUGAACCGGAUGUUUAUGCUUACAAUGCCGUUAUUAGUGGCUUUUGUAAAAUGAACCAGAUUGGUUCGACGAAUAAAGUUUUGAAUAGGAUGAGAGCUAGAGGAUUCUCACCGGAUGUCGUCACUUAUAACAUAAUGAUAGGGAGUCUUUGUAACAGGGGAAAACUUGGAUUAGCCCGUAAGGUUUUUGAUCAGCUGAUGGAAGAUGGUUGUCAGCCUACUGUGGUUACUUACACAAUUCUUAUUGAAGCAACUGCAAUUGAAGGUGGCAUUGGUGAAGCUAUGAAGCUUUUUGAUGAGAUGUUAUCCAAGGGACUUCAACCUGACAUGUAUACUUACAAUGCAAUCAUUAGGGGAAUGUGUAAAGAAGGAUUGAUGGAUCGAGCUUUUGAGUUCGUUAAGAGCUUGCCGGAAAGGGGUUGCAAACCAGAUUUGGUAUCGUAUAAUGUCUUGUUGAGGGCUUUGUUGAAUCAAGGAAGAUGGAGUGAUGGAGAAAAGCUGGUAGCUGAGAUGCUUUCUAAAAAUAUUGAACCAAAUGUUGUUACUUACACCAUUAUGAUUAACGCUUUUUGCCGAGAUGGCAAGUUGGAAGAGUCCCUUGAAUUACUAAAGCUCAUGAUGGAUAAUGGUUUGACUCCUAAUAGUUACACCUAUGAUCCAUUGCUUUCUUCGUUCUGCAAAGAAGGAAGAAUAGAUUUGGCAAUUGCUUUUCUGGAUUUCAUGAUUUCUAGUGGUUGCUCACCUGAUAUAGUCAACUACAACACACUACUCUCUGCAAUGUGCAAAAAUAACAAUGCGGAUCAGGCGUUGAUACUAUUCGAAAAUCUUUCAGACAUGGGGUGUCCUCCAGAUGUGAGCACUUACAACACGAUGGUUAGCGCAUUGUGGAAUAUUGGCAAUAAAGCCAAGGCGUUGAGUAUAGUUUCUGAGAUGAUUAGUAAAGGAAUCGACCCUGAUGAAAUUACAUUCAAAACACUUAUAUCAUGUUUAUGCCGAGAUGGAAUGGUAGAUGAGGCUAUUGAGUUGUUGACAGAUAUGAAAAGCAGCGGUUUCCCACCUACGGUAAGUACUUACAAUCUUGUGCUUCUUGGGUUAUGCAAAGCUCAUAGGAUAGAUGAUGCAAUUGAAAUGAUAGACAAAAUGGUUCGGAAGGGCUGCCUCCCGAAUGAAACAUCAUACGUUGUAGUGCUUGAAGGGAUAGGAUUUGCAGGAUGGCCAGCUGAGGCCAUGGAGACCGCAAGCAUCCUUUACAAAAAACAUGUCAUCACAAAAGACUCGGUUAAACGAUUGAAGAGAAGUUUUCCCAUGGUUGAAGUUGAUGAAGCAUUUGUAGACACAAAGAAGCACUAGCCUGUUCUAUACGAAAGCAUUUAGUUUAUGACAAGUGGUACUUCUAGGGACAGGAUGACAGGUUAGGAGACACCCUGUGUCGCAUCUCGUCUUGUUUAGUGCUCUUAAGUCACUUGCAGUACGUCCUGUCAAAAGUUUCGUAAUACUUGUAAAUUUGACCGAGUUAGGGAUCAAAACAUUAAGCUUAUUACUGAUAUAUUUUGUCAUGAAUUCUGUCUUUGAUAUACACUUGCCAGAAGCGGGCAGUUACAUUCCAGGUCUAAAAAAGUUCUUUAUUGCUUCCAUUCUGUGGAAAUGUGAGUGAUCCACUGAUGUACAACUAGGUUGCCGGUUCGCCUUCUGGUCCAGUUUUCAAAACAUAGCUGUACAUCCGUUAAGUGUCUAAAGAUGAGGUUAGCUACAAAUGCAAAUAUUUACGGAGUUCUUUUCUUUUUCUCCUCUUUUGGAGUUAGCAGAAAAAAGGGUGAACAAUUUGAGAAAACUACUACUGAUACGAUUGGUAGCUAAAGUGAAGCUUGUGGUAUUGCAUUCGAUUUGAUGGUGAGGAACAGAGUUUGACAAGUUCUGGAGACAAAUGCAAAGGAAAUUUCCGCAGAAAAAGGUCAAUACAGUUGCUUUAGUAGAAAAGAAGAUACGUGAAAUAAUGUAGAAUGAGCAAUGAUAGUAUGCUUACAUUAUUAUUGUUAGUCCCUCCAAUCCCGUUGCAAUAGCCUAUUUGAUUGUACUUUUUAGUUCAAUAAAGUAAAUUAUUAAAAGACAAAAUGCACUUUUGGUCUCCCAGGUUUGGGGUAGCAAACUCGAGUCACCAGAUAUUUUCAAUUGGCAAAUAUAAUCCCCUAAAAAUAUUUUUCUCAUCAAUUUUAGUCUAUUUAACAAAAUUUUUACAAAAUUGACAGAAAAAAUCUACUCUCCGUUAAUAAUAAAAUAUUUUAUUAAUUUUUUCGAUUAUGGGUCCCACAUUCAUUU